AUGUCCGCAGAAUUAGAUAGAAUACUUUCGAUUGAAGAGUCAGCACUCAACAGGAACAAUGAAAUUGAUCGAAUACUCGAAUGCAAUGAACAAGAUUUUUUUGCCAUCACCGAAAUCAACCCAUUGACUACCCCCAUUGAUGAGAUACCCACAUUGAUUACAAAAAUAUAUAGAAAGAAAUCGCUUUUAAUACAUCCGGAUAAGACUGACCAUCCACGAGCAUCGGAGGCAUUUGAUAGACUUAAAAAGGCGCAAAAGAUACUCACCAGUACUGAUGAGAACGAACUGGAAUUUAAGGAAAAGCAAAGGUUGAUGUCAAUUUACGCCACAUUUCACUCCGAUGGUGUACCGCUGAGCUUCGAUGAUCCGUUCCAUGUCAGGGUUAGAUCUAAAGUUGACGAAAUAAUAGAAAAUGAAUUGGCACAUCUGGAAUUGGAAAGGCUAGCAAAAGUUAGUGAGGAAACACGCAAGAAUGAAAUGCAGAAGCAGAUGAGGGAAGAGAAAGAGCUGCAGAGAAAGAUGGAGAGUGAAUGGGAAGAAACGCGAGACUCGAGGGUUCAAAACUGGAGAAACUAUUCAAAUAAGAUUGAAAAGAAAGGCAAGAAGAAAAAGUCGAAACCCAAAAUUUUAGCUUGA